AUGGAUGAAGAAGGUGGACAAAUGGGGCAAAGUGUCCAAGAAUGGGGGAGAGGAAGGGGAUGGCGUCCUAUACGGAGUGGACCCCCUGGAUUUCCAUGCCGAAAACGUGAUGCAAUCUUGAGGGAAUGCACCCCAGAGCAAGUUGUGGGACCAACCUUUAAUCUUCUUACAGAAUCUCCAACUAUAGAGGAAGAGGCUUCUCGUCCUUAUUUGAUCCCGAGACCAGGGAUUACAGCUGGCGAUAACGGGGAUGCUGCCAUGGAGGAUGUAAGAGUAUCGGUACCCGCCCCAACACAGAAGAAACGUGGACGUGGCCCAGCCAUAUGCACUGAGUUUGAGAAGCUUCGUAAGCACGGGCUAAUACAUUUGAAGAUCAAUGAUGGGGAGAUGGCUCCAUGUUGUUCUAAUGCCGGUAUGUUCACAACAAGAAUAACAUGGAUAUUGAAACACCAUGCACACAUGAGUCAUGCAAGGUGGACGGAUGUACCCAAGCCCGAGAAGGAUGAGUUGAUGGAGCGCAUCCGGGGUGACUUUGAAUUGGAUUGGGAGAAACACAAUCAUCAAAUGGCUGUUUGGAAAGCCCUACGUAAGCGGUUUAACGCUUAUCACCAUGAAUUGCACAAGAAGUAUAUGAAGUUUGCCACUCAUGAGGAGGCAUUGGCUUCCGAGACUAGUAUGGUCAACCCAAUAGUAUGGACUAAACUUUGUGAGAGAUGGGGAAGUGAUUCCUUCAAGAAAAUGUCAGCUAGAAAUAAAGAAAGUCGCAAGAAACUCGACGUUAAUCAUACAUCUGGGUGCAAGUCAUUUGUUAGGGUACUUGAGGAAAAGCGAGUACACGAAACCAACGUAGUGGACUUCUAUCGACACACUCGGUGGUCAAAGAAGAAAGAGAAGUUUGUGACCCCAGCAACGGAGCAUAAUUAUAACAAGAUGACCAGCAAAAUGGAUGCAUUAGAGCCUGAAAAACGGACGGAUGAAGCAGCAUCAGAAAUAUUUAGGUCAGUACUUGGUCAAAGAGCAGGAUAUGCACGAGGGUUAGGAGAAAUGGUAAUUCCAGACUCUAGAAGAGUACAUGAUCGUAUACGAGAUAAGGAGUAUGCGGAAUUGGUAGAACGACACAAGAAAGAUGCUCAAACUCACAAGGAUGAACUAGAGGCUGUACGGGAAGAUAUGAGGAAGAUGAUGGAGAGGCAACUUGAAUCUGAGAAGAAGAUGAUGGAGAAGCAACGUCAAACAGAGAAAUUAUUGAUGUCCUUAAUGUCGGAAAGGUAGCUGUGCUCAGAAAUGCAGCAGAGGCAGCCGUGGACUCAAAUUGCGAGGCAGCCGUGGGCUGAAUCACAGAGGGGGCCGUGGGCUGAAUCACAGAGGCAGCCGUGGGCUGAAUGACAGCGGCAACCAUAUUCUGAAAAGCAGAGGCAGCCAGCAUCAGAAUCUGAGGAGCCGGCUUCCUCAGAUUCAAUCUCACCCACUCCUUGGUCAACUCCAUGAGCUGCAUGCAGCUUGUGGAUGUCCCUGUUUUGGGAAUUUUUGGUAGUUAGGUGGCAGGUAAAAAUCUGGAAUUUUUUGGCAGUAAGGUUGAUUUGCUUAUUUGGGUUAGU